CUAAAAGAAAAAGAGCUUCGCUCAUUUCAUCUCAGAGUCAAUCUUUUCUUAUAUCACACUUUUCAAACGACAAAACCAAACUCUUCUUCUCAUCACUUCCUUCAUUCUCAUAAAAACACAAAAACCAAAAACCAAAAACCAAAUCAAAAAUGAUUUCCAACAUCAUCUCCAUCGCUCUCCUCUCUUCGGUAGUCAUCGCCGCUCCAGUCAACGUCAACGUCCCUCGUAAAGCCGCCCCUUCCACUUGGGCGGUCAACUAUCUUGAACCUUAUGACACAUAUCACAUUCGUUAUCUCGCUCUUGAUUGUCAAUCUCAACACAAUACAACUUUCUUCGACGAAUGUUGUCAUCCUCUUUUAGCUUCUGAAGAUCUCACCAUGCGUCCUGCUCAAUGUAUCCCAACCGCAUCAGCUUCCAUCUCUGCAGUUUCCGCACUUCCUACUGCAUCUUCUACCUCUUCCACCGACAACGAUUCAGAAGAUGCUUCAGUUUAUUCUUCUGCAACUUCGGUAGCUGCUGAACAAUACGCAACUCCAACUCAUGCUACCAGUACCACGACUGAAGAAAAAGCAGCAGCCGCUACUACUCAAGCUUCCACUUCAAACUCUGGUGGAAACGUUCAAAAAGGUGGUUAUGCGACUUAUUUCUAUCAAGGUGGAAAUGCUGGAGAAUGUGGUAGUGUUCAUUCGGAUUAUGAUAAGAUCGUAGCUAUCGACGCUGCUGGUUGGUGGAGUGAUUAUCAAUCGAAUGAUAAUGGAGCUUAUUGUGGUAAAUGGUUGACUAUAACAAAUACCAAUAACGGUAAAUCUGUAACUGCUAUGGUCGCAGAUGUUUGUCCUACUUGCGAUACCAACAAUUCUCUCGAUCUUUCCGUAGGUGCUUUCACCGCUAUCGCCAGCGAGGAGGAUGGUCAAGUUCCCAUUGAAUGGUAUUGGAAUUAGGAUGGAGUGGGAUCGAAGGGAUUUUUAUUGUGGUUGAAAGAUUGGAUGAAGGUGUGGAAGAGAUAAAGGAAAAUGAUUAUAAGUCAUGGGUGGAGGAAGGUUUGUGAAAUAUGGUACGACAUGACGAAAAAUGGAGUUGGAAAAAAAAACAACGAAGAGAUAUUUUUUUGGGAGCUGGGAAGGAUUCAUCUUAGAUAGACCGAGAUGCUGAGCAUCGGGGGAAACGAUAUAAAAAUGCAUUGAAGCUAGACUUCG